AUGGGGAGGAGCAAAUGGCGCGAGUUGAAGUCUCGCUACAAUGUUGCCGAGAUCGAGGUCCCCGAGCCUCAAGUAGAGGAGAUUUCCCCCCUGGAGACCCGCAGGAAAAGAAAGAGGGGAGAGAAGGAGGUCGGGGGGACCUCCACCCCUCGUGAUGCUGAAGAGGUGACGUCGAAGGCUGCUGACUCCAACGCAGUCGACCUCACUAGGAGUCCUCUGCCUGAGGGAGCUCCCCAAGUGGCCGCCGAGGAGGUUGUCCAGGCCUCCAAGGCGAGGCCUGGUCCAAAUGCCGCCGAGGCCCGGGUGGCGCCGAGCUUAGAGGUGCCAGGGCCGAACGCCCCUGCUGCUGGGCGGGCAGCCUCUUCCCCAACUCCCACCAAGGUUCACCGAGAGGGGCCGAGCUCCGAGGUCCCAACACCUACCCCGGCAGCCACUGCGCCGUCAUCUCGCCCUUCAAAAGGGGCCCCCAGGAGCAAGUACCUCGCCCAACGCUUUGAGAAGGACUGCCCUCUGUCAUGUUUGGAUCAC